AUGCGUAGACAAGGACAGCCGGGUGAUGUGGAGGAGGAAUCGUGCAGCGAGGAUGAUGGGAGUGUCGGUUUGGUUGAAGGGAUUGGUGAAGAGGAUGAGGAGGGACGGGAUGAUCGUGACACCGUGACAUAUGGUGGGGCGCUGAUCGAGGUGUUUGGUAGGGAUCCUGGAACUGCCGGUGAUCGGAUUGGAAGGGAUGGAAGGUCAGCAGGGGUUGAGAGGGCAGCAGGGAAGGGGAGGACAGCUGGGGUUGGGAGGGCAGCAAAGGAUGGGAGGGCAGCAAAGGAUGGGAGGGCAGCAGGGGAUGGCCAGGCAGCAUGGGAUGACAGGGCAGCAGGGGAGCAGAGGACAGGCGGGGUUGGGAGGGCAGCAGGGGAUGGGAGGGCAGCAGGGGAUGGGAGGGCAGCAGGGGAUGGGAGGGCAGCAGGGGAUGGCAAGGCAGCACGGGAUGACAGGGCAGCAGGGGAGCGGAGGACAGGCGGGGUUGGGAGCGCAGCAGGGGAUGGGAGGGCUGCAGGGGAUGGGAAGGCAGAAUGGGAUGACACUGCAGCAGGGGUGCAGAGGACAGGCGGGGUUGGGAGGGCAGCAGGGGAUAGGAGGGCUGCAGGUGAUGGGAGGGCUGCAGCGGAUGGCCAGGCAGCACGGGAUGACAGGGCAGCAGGGGAGCGGAGGACAGGUGGGGAUGGGAGCGCAGCAGGGGAUGGGAGGGCAGCAGGGGAGGGGAGGGAAACAGGGGAUGGGAGGGCAGCAGGGGAUGGCAAGGCAGCACGGGAUGACAGGGCAGCAGGGGAGCGGAGGACAGGAGGGGUUGGGAGCGCAGUAGGGGAUGGGAGGGCUGCAGGGGAUGGGAAGGCAGAAUGGGAUGACACUGCAGCAGGGGUGCGGAGGACAGGCGGGGUUGGGAGGGCAGCAGGGGAUGGGAGGGCUGCAGGGGAUGGGAGGGCAGCAGGGGAUGGCCAGGCAGCACGGGAUGACAGGGCAGCAGGGGAGCGGAGGACAGGCGGGGUUGGGAGGGCAGCAGGGACUGGGAGGGCUGCAUGGGAUGGUCAGGCAGCACGUGAUGACAGGGCAGCAGGGGUGCGGAGGACAGGCGGGGAUGGGAGGGCAGCAGGGACUGGGAGGGCAGCAGGGGAUGGGAGGGCUGCAGGGGAUGGGAGGGCAGCAGGAUACGAGAGGCCAACUUGGGUCCCAGGAAGCGUUACAAGGGCAAACUGGGUACGUUCAAGCCCUUAA